AUGAAGCUAGUCAACCUGUUCAUUGCUGCUGCCGCCAGCGUCGCAGUCGCAGCCCCUACCAACGAGCACAAGAAACGGGCUUCUGUAUUCGAAUGGAUCGGCUCCAAUGAGUCUGGUGCCGAGUUCGGCACCGCCAUUCCUGGAACCUGGGGUGUCGACUACAUCUUCCCGGAUACAUCUGCCAUCGCGACCCUCAUCAGCAAGGGAAUGAACAUCUUCCGGGUGCAAUUCAUGAUGGAAAGAUUAGUACCAAACUCGAUGACGGGAUCCUAUGAUGAGGACUACUUGAAGAACCUCACGACGGUGGUGAAUUCGAUCACGGCUGCGGGUAUUCAUGCUAUUAUAGAUCCUCACAAUUAUGGACGAUACAACAGCGAGAUCAUCUCCAGCACCGCGGAUUUCCAAACUUUCUGGAAGAACCUUGCCGGGCAGUUCAAGGACAACAAUCUGGUCAUCUUCGAUACAAACAAUGAGUACAAUACCAUGGACCAAACCCUUGUGUUGAACCUCAACCAGGCAGCGAUCGACGGUAUCCGUGCGGCCGGCGCCACCUCUCAGUAUAUCUUCGCCGAGGGUAACUCAUGGUCGGGGGCCUGGACCUGGGCGGACAUCAAUGACAACAUGAAGGGUCUAACCGAUCCACAAGAUAAGAUCGUGUACGAGAUGCACCAGUAUCUGGAUUCAGACGGAUCGGGGACGUCAGGCACCUGCGUGUCGGAGACGAUUGGCGCGGAACGACUGAAGGCAGCCACUCAGUGGCUGAAGGACAACAAGAAAGUUGGCAUCAUCGGCGAGUAUGCCGGAGGUGCCAACGAUGUCUGUCGCACGGCAAUUUCCGGUAUGCUGGAAUACAUGGCCAACAACACUGACGUGUGGAAGGGUGCUGUGUGGUGGGCAGCUGGGCCGUGGUGGGCGAAUUAUAUGUUCAGCAUGGAGCCGCCAAGUGGACCGGCUUAUAGCGGCAUGCUGAACGUUCUGCAGCCGUACUUGGGCUGA